AUGUAUCAGAACAAACCUGAAUGGUUCAGUGCACCUAGAGACGUGCUUCCGGACUCGACCAUUACUCCAGGGAGGCUUAUUGUCGACCCACGGACCCCUGAAGGACCACCAUAUCUGGAUGCAGCCUUGCCUGUCCCCGUCACAGAUUUGAGGAUCACCAACUAUCCGUAUAAGAACAAGAAGGAAGAUGAAAAGGGUGGAUCGUUUGGUCUCUUCGCAUCUUUCAUGUCAGCUUUCGGGGUGGGCGGAGACCUGAGUGGAAACCUCAAGAGUGGUAGAUCCCUCGACAUUGAGGUAGAUCGACUACAGACAGUUAUGUUCGAUCCUUCGGCUGAAUACCUUGAACAAACAUUGAAUGCGCCAAAGAAUCUAGCGUACUUGAGAGAUCAGCGAUUCAAGAGGUCGUUGUACCUUGUAACAGGCGUCAAAACCGCCUAUGGGGCAAAACUAACCAGGUCGAGAUCGGGACAGAAAGGAGGGGAGGCAAAGAUUGGAAUUAGUCCCAAUGUUCCAGGCCUCGAAGUUGGGCCAACUUUGUCCUUUACACAGACUUCCCAAGUCACCGAGACCAUCCAAGGUCCGACUGAUUUCGUGUUUGCUUAUCGCCUCAACAAGUUGCAUUAUUCACGAACAAGGAGCAAAUACGUCCAGCAAAAAUUCACCAGUGGGGCACUGUACUCGGACGAAGUGGAUCUCGACAACCAUGAAGAUGAGGAAGAAGCAGCCGAAUCGGAGGGUGAAGAAUUUGCGGAGGUUAUGGGUGGGUUAGAAGAUGAUGAUGCAGGUCGAGCAGAGUUCAAGGUUUCCGGGGAGACUGUUUUUGAUGAGGAGGAUGGAGAACCUUGCAUCAUCAUAUUGCCAGAAGGAUCGAAACAGAGUUGA